AUGUGUGUAUUCUUGUAUGCAUUCCUUGCAUUAUUGUCUGUUAUAACAAUAUGUGGAAAUCUCCUUGUAAUAAUUUCUGUGAUUUACUUCAAACAGCUCCAUACUCCUACUAAUUCUCUCAUCCUCUCUCUUGCUGUGGCUGACCUGCUCGUUGGGAUUAUAGCAUUUCCUCUCAGCAUGGCAUUCUCUCUCAGCUCAUGUCUUUAUCAUGAGGGUUUGUUUUGCAAAGUGCGAGGGACCUUUGAUAUUUCACUGAGCACAUGUUCCAUCCUGAACCUCUGCUGUAUUUCUAUUGACAGAUACCAUGCUGUUUGCCAGCCUCUGACAUAUCAAACUAAAAUCAGCCAUCGUGUUGUUGUGUUCAUGAUCAUGAUGAGCUGGGGGGUUUCUGGGAUAAUUGGAAUUAGUGUCACCAUUGCUGGAUUUAAUAAUGAAAAAUGUGAGGAAUCAUGUUUGAUUGACAUUCUAAUGGAAAGCACUGUUGGACCCAUGUUAUCAUUUUACCUGCCAGUGACCAUAAUGCUUUGUAUCUACCUAAAGAUUUUCUUUGUUGCUUUGAGGCAAGCAAGAAGCAUCCAGAACACAAAGUGUGGACAAACUGCCAGUAUCAAGGAGAGAAAGGCGACCAAAACUCUGGCUAUUGUUUUGGGAGUUUUUAUAUUUUGCUGGAGUCCUUGUUUUCUUUGCAUCACAUUCCCCCCAUUUACCAGUGAUUCUGUACCAGUUCCUGUAAUUGAAACUCUUAACUGGCUUACAUUGGCAAAUUCAAUGCUAAAUCCAUUUAUUUAUGCUUUCUUUUAUAGCUGGUUCAGGUCAGCCAUCAGAAUGAUUAUUUGUGGGAAAAUAUUCCAAGGGGAUUUUACCAACACAAAUAUGACUUGA